AUGGCAGCCAACGGCUCCGGUGGGAUGCAUGAUGCUCUGCUGGACAACGGCUUUGCUGGCACCGACGACCUUGUUUCUGACUGGUACAUCUACGAAACCAUGGAGCCGGCCAUGCCACAGGAUGACAUGUUUCCCAGCGUAAUCCCAGACUGCGACCCCACCAUUUCUCCCAGACUGUAUCACAUCUGCAUGGCACCUGUCUCUCUGGCUGUGCUCGUGGGCUUGUCCUUGCUGGUGAAACGCAGGCGUCUCCACCGGAGCUGCUGGAAUGGUGUCCCGGGAUUGCUCAGCCCGGCCAACUUUCUGGAGGAGGAAGGCAACCGAGGGCUGGUGGCUGCGGUGUUCGGCAUCCUGUUCUCCUCCCUGUGCGUGCUGGUCUUGGACAGGGACCCUCUGCCGCUCAUCGCCCGCUCGUCCCAGAGCACCCGGGAGUACUGGAAGAUCCUGGCUUUGCUCUACUACCCUGCCUUCUACUACCCCCUGAUCGCCUGUGCCACUGUCCGGCACAGGGUCAGCUACCUCGUGGGCUGCCUGCUCUCCUGGUGCCACUGCGUGGUCCACAUCUGGCAGAAGGUGGAUUGUCCCCAGUCGCCAAAGAUAUACAGGUACUACUCUACGCUCUCUUACAUCCCCAUCAUCCUCUGCCUUGUGCUCUUAAGCCUUUGGUAUCCAGCCCUGCUCAUCAGGAGCUUCACCACGCAGGAGGAGACCUUGGAUAAGGAGGUUACAGGGAGAGGUUAUUACAAGAAGUACCUAAAGGCUGUCCUGUCCAAACGCCCUCGGAAGGGGAGCUCCACAAAGAUCGAAGAAAGUCUCCUAUCAAGGGUCCAGACGUAUUUACGCUCCUACAUCUACGCUCCGGAGGAAGGUUUCCAGAUCCCGCUGAAGCUCGUCCUGUCCAUAACCAUGGCCGUGAUAGCUGUCUAUCAGGUUGCCCUGCUGCUCCUGGUAGCCGUCAUCCCCACCCUCCAGAUCGUGCGGGCGGGGAUGACGAAGGACAUCGUAGUGUUGUUAGUCCAGUUUGGCUUGGUGCCCUCGGAGAGCCCGGCUGUCCCGGGUGACAUGGAGAAGGAGCUCAACACCGUCAAGUACUACCUGUGGUCCCUGGAAGUCUGCUACAUCUGCUCGCUGGUACUGUGCUGCCUGCUGACCUGCGCCAUGCUCCUGAGGACGCUGGUGAUGCACAGGAAGAACCUGAAGGCGCUGUACCAAGGGGCCGUGCUGGACGUUUUCUACAAAGCCCACAUCCUCCGCGGGAACCGUUUCUCCGUCCUCCCCCACCAUGGUUUCUCGCCCCGUGUCUCCCUCCCAGGUCUCCUCAUCCAGCAAGUGAUUUUCUUCAUCUGCUCGGUGGGGUUUACCUUCCUCUUCGUCAUCCCGCUCCAGUCCGGCACAAACACACACCUCUUCAAAAUCAUUCAGAACAUGUGGCCCUUCUGGUUGACCCUAGUUGUUGCCGUCAUCGUGCAAAAUUUGGCAGCUCACUACCAGUUCCUGGAGCAGCAUCCCCUCCGGAAGGAGCUCACCAACAGGCGAGCUCUCUACAUAGUGACCUACCUGCUCUUCCCCAUCAACGUCCUGGUGGGCGUCCUGGCCGGGGUGUGGAGGAUGGUCAUUUCUGGCCUUUAUAACGCUGUCCACUUCUGUGUUCCUCCAGGCUACCACACAUACUGCCACUAUCUGAAAAUCGAGGUCAGCCAGUCCCACCCGGUGAUGAAAGCCUUUUGCUUGCUGCUUCUCCAGCUAGCCGGGCCAGAGGGGCCACCGGGGCUCCGGACCAGCAACGUGGAAGAAGGCAUCCAGCUGAUUCAACCCAAGAAGGUGCCGCCAAGCAGAGCCAGGUUCAAGCAGAGCCGAGCCCGGUGGUGGCUGGUCUACACACUCCUCAACAACCCCUCACUGACAGCUUGCCGGAAAACCGCCCUCUCCGGCCCCGCAGCUAAUGGCACCCAGCUCAGCUCCCCCAAGCCCUGA